AUGACCCUUGCCGAGCAAAUCGCCUGUCGUCGCAGCACCAUCGCGGCUCUGGACGCCCGAACUGCCGUAUUUAGGUCGUCUGCUUCCGGCGCCUUGUCUUGUACCAUUCCCGACGCGGCCCUCUUAUUGGCACGAGCUCGAUUUGCCGAUCUUGAGUCGGGCCUGGGCGCAGAACGGGAGCGACUGCGCGCCUCUAAAUAUCAUCUGGAGGAUUUCAAUGCUCUGAUCUCGACCGAAAAGUCUUGGCUGGCCCGGAUUGUCCAAGCAAUUGAACAGGCCCUCGAGCGCAAGUUUGCCACCUUGGAAGAGGUGAACGACGAAAUUGAUGCACUCGAGAAGCUGUCUGACGAGCACAAAGACGAAGAUGAUGACAGACUCAGCUUCUUAACCAAGUCUCUUGUGGACGCCAAGGUCCUGGCAGACAAAGUGAACACAGAGAUGUCGACCUACGAGAGGUGCCUGAAUAUGGCGAAAGUGAAGGUAAGACAUUUUGCUUUCGUGCUCAUAAGAAGUCAGAAGUGA